CCACCGUACUGGGACCGCAAUCCGCGAGUUUGGUUCCUGCAAGCGGAAUCACAAUUCCACCUCGCUGGGGUAACCACACAAGGUCGGAAGUACCACCACGUCGUCUCGGCUCUUUCACCAGCUGCCGCCGACGAUGUCUACGACGUUCUGGCAAAUCCCUCUCCAGCAACACCGUAUGACCAACUGAAGAAUGCUCUUCUCCAGCGCACCGAGAUUUCGGAACGCUCCCGCGUGCAGCAGCUUCUUUCGGCGGAAGAGCUCGGGGACCGGCGGCCACGCCAGUUGCUGCGACGCAUCACCCAGCUUUUUGGAGAGCGCGCUAACAAUCUGGACGACGUAUUCCUCCGCGAGCUGUUUUUGCAAAGGCUACCUUCCGAUGUCCAGAUGGUUUUGGCAACAGCAACAACAUUGGACCUCACCGGACUUGCCGCGCUGGCCGACGCCGUGAUGGAGAUGACCACUCCCUCCGUCGCCAAUGUUACCGUGGCUCCACAGCAACCAAUAGCCCUGGACUCUGGAUCGGCCGCCAACAACCAGCAUCCCCAGGCCAACAUCGAGCAACUUUGCCAACGUUUGGAGCAGAUCGUCGUCGCAGCUACAGAAGGAGACUACAUCAGACAGGAACUACAAAACUCUACAGUGACAAUCAAAGUUUCUUUCUCUUUCUAUAAUACCACUGUCAGUCAAUCCGAUAUAAAAGUCAUAGCACUCCAAUGUGAGCAUGACAUUCAACAUGCAAUACUGUGGUAG